UGUCCGAGGGGGCGUGUCCUGGUUCCCGCCAAAUCAACCCGGAAGCAAGAUGGAUCUCCCGCUGGGUCUGGAGCUCCUGUCCGGGGCCUGCCUGGUCUUCACCCUCGGCAUGUUCGGGACCGGAUUGUCUGACCUAAAGCGGAUGUCUUUGACCCGAAGCGUGGACAACGUCCAGUUCCUGCCCUUCCUCACCACCGACGUCAACAACCUGAGCUGGCUCGGCUACGGGGCGCUGAAGGGCGACUGGACCCUGAUGGUGGUCAACGCGGUGGGGGCCGCCCUCCAGACCCUCUACAUCCUGGUCUACUUCUACUACAGCACCGAGAAGGGCUCCGUGCUGUGGAGGACGCUGGCCUUGCUGGGGGCGCUGCUGCUGGGCUACGGCUACUUCAGCCUCCUGGUCCCGGACCGGCCCACCCGCCUCAGCCGCCUGGGCCUCUUCUGCAGCCUCUUCACCAUCGCCAUGUACCUCUCCCCACUGGCCGACCUGGCCAAGAUCGUGAGGAGCCGCUCCGCCCAGUGCCUCUCCUUCCCGCUGACCGUCACCACCUUCUUGGCCUCGGCCAGCUGGACCCUCUACGGCCUGCUCCUGGGGGACCUCUACAUCGCGGUCCCCAAUGUGCCGGGCAUCGCCACCAGCCUGGUCCGCUUCUGGCUCUUCUGGCGCUUCCCUCCGGACCACAAGACCUUGUAUCGGCCGCUCCAGGCCUGAGGACACUAUGCCGGCCACCGCGGACCCACAGGGACAGGCUAGAUGGCCUCUGGGGCCCCUCAUUGCCUCCCACCUGGACCCUUAACGUGCAAAAGACACCAAAGCCCAGCGCGGACUUUCCACUUUUAGCAACCGUGAUUAUUUUUUUAAAGUGCCUUGCAACAAAAUAAAAUAAGAAGGGACCUUUUUCUGAAAA